GUGAACUGUCAAUUUUUAUUCUUCAGUUGAUCCAUAAAUCAGUUUUUUUGAUUUGUUUCACAUGAUGUCAGGUGUAAUUGAAGAUGUUAGAUUUUGCGGUAUUUGUACUCAAAAGGAAAUACGUGGGUUGGUUGCAGGAUCGUAAAAAAUUUAAAGAACACGUUAAAGAAAUGGAACAUACUGUUCAAACGCUUGAAAAUAAUUUAAAAGAAUCAAAUCAAAAUGAAAGAGAGCUGGUGAUUUCAAUGCAAAAUGAUCAGAUUAAGUAUCAAGGAAUUAGUAACCAGCUUAAAGAAGCGCUCAAAGAAAAUCAACAGCUUUUGAACAUAUUGCAGCAAAAAACUAAUGAUCAGGACAAUUCCCGUACUAACUCUCAAGUUGAUUUGAGUUCAUCUUGUUCCACAAUGAGUAUAGUUCAUUUACAAUAUAAAUACGAAGAACUUUUAACUAACCACCACGGAUUAUUAAAACUUCUUGACAUAAAAAGCGAAGAAAUUAAGAAAGUGCAUGAAGAAAAUGUUCGUCUGAAAACGGAAAUUGAACAACUCCGGCAAAACCUCUUAGAAACCGAAGAAAACUUGGAUAAUCUUGAGUCAAAAUUUUAUAGAAUGAAGGAAAAAAAGAACGAAAAGAUAAAUAAACUGAGAGCGCACAAAGAAACUUUACAAAUGGUUCACAAUCAAUUGGUUAAUGUAUUAGAUAGCCAAUGUAUGGAAAAAGAUAGUCUUAUGUCGGACGAAAUUAAGAAUUGCCGAGACUCCGAAAAGGCUUUAUUGUUACAGGAAAUGCGCAGAAACAACAUGUUGGCUUAUGAAAAUUUCCAACUUAAUCAAAAAGUGGAGCUUCUACAAUCAAUUUUGCGUGCUCAAAAAAAGUGAAUGUUUUAUUUUGUAUGAAAUAAAUAGCUAUGUAUUUUCA